AUGCAUCUCCGGCAUCUGCAAAUACACCGCAGGGCCGACGGGCUUUUUGGAUUUGGUAACAUCGCUCAUGAGAUCGACGUCUCAUCCGACGGCUCAAAGCGUCAUGUACACAAGAGGCAACCACAAGAAAUAAGGACUGUCUACAAGACAAUGGAAGCUACUUUCGAAGGGAAGAUUGGUGGCUACAAAACAGUAGGCCACGAGCCUAAACCAACGGGCUCCUCAAAGGAUGAUGACGAUGAGAGAGACUCAAAGAAGGAGGCCGAAGAAAAGAAGAAGGAAGAGGCUGAAGAGAAAAAGAAGGAAGCUGAAGAAGCCAAGGAAAAGGCAAAAGAACAGGCGGAGAAGGAGGAAGAAGCAGCGAAGAAAAAGGCUGCCGAAGACAAGGCGAAACAAGAAAAGGCUGAGGAAGAGAAGGAAAAGGCACAAGAGGCUGCCAAGAAGAAGGCUGCUGAGGAUGCCAAGUCUCGCAGCAAAUCCGAGGAUGACGAUGCGAAGGAGAGCUCGACAGCUAAACCGUCCAGAACUCGCGCCCAAAUUACCACUAGUAACGACCCAUCAAGCGUCCCUUCCGUUAUUCGCGAUCCCACUGGCAGUCAAUCUAUCGAAUCUGUUCUCGCCAAAGCCACUGGCUCAGCUUCUGCUUCCACAACUAUCGAUGAGGUUGCCGACAUGUCGGGAGCCUCGAGUCUCCCUAGCUCAAGCUCCAGUGCUGUGCCAGAAGCUAGUGGUGGCACCAGUGCAGGAACCAAGGCUGGAAUCGCGUUUGGUGUUCUUGGCGGAUUACUCGCCAUGGGCUUGCUUGUCUACUUUAUCUUCACUAAACGCCGAAAGCAGGCUGAGAUGGAAAGGCUCGAGAACGAUGAUGAGAAGCUUCAUGGGCCGAUGGCUGGUAACGGUGGCCCUCCAAUGGUUGCCGCAGCUGCUGUCCGUCGUUCUAUGUCUCCUGAGCCCACUGAAACUGCCUCUAUUCGCACUGAUGCAAAGGCUCCCCGUGUUAGUCUCCGACCUGUCACCCAAUUCCUUCCAAACUGGAACGGUCUUGAAAAGGAGAAGCGCGCAAGCAAAGGUGCAGGUUUAACUCUUGCUGUACCAGCUGCCGCUUCUUCACCUGCUACUGGUCCCUCAUCCCCUCGAGCCGUUGGAGGCAGUGCCUGGGAGCGUCCAACAACAGCUCAAAGCGUCGAUCCAGCUAACCCCUUCGGCACUCAGGCCGAGCGUGUUCCAUCUCCCGUUCAGGAAGAGACUGCUUCUGCGAUGAGGGCUUCUCCCAGCCCCAUGUCGGAAAAGUCGACCAUUGCUGUUGCUGCCGCCGCCGCUCUCCCUGCCGCCACCGCUCCAGUUUCACCUCAAUCACCUUCUUCUCCCCAGGGACCCGCCUCCGCCAAUGGACCUGCAGUUGCCGCUAUGGUCGCUCGUAAGACUUCGAUUCGCAAGGCUGGAGGCCCUCAGCAACUUGACCUGACCCUUCCGAAUACCCCUAUGGCAGCUGUUCCCGCUAGUCCUGCUGGUACUGAGUACAGUGGCUCUUCCGCUCCUUUUGGAGGCCUUGACAGCCCUUCUGCGGGCGCCGCGGCUAUUGCUGCUGCUGGCGGACCCGCAAACUCGGCCGUUCACCGCGUGCAGCUUGACUUCAAGCCCACUAUGGACGAUGAAUUGGAACUUAGGGCUGGUGACCUCGUACGACUCCUUCAUGAGUACGAUGAUGGCUGGGCUCUCUGCAUCAGACUUGACCGUUCUCGACAGGGUGUUGUUCCUCGAACCUGUUUGUCAACUCGUCCUGUGAAGCCCCGCCCUGCUCAAGGCGGCCCUCGCCCAGGCCCUCCUGUUAAGGCUGGCGGGCCUCCCCGAGGACCUGGACCUAAUCAGCCUCAUGGACAACGACCUAUGACCCCCCAAGGAAACUUUGGUCAAGCUCGACCUGCCUCACCUGCUGGUCCUAAUCCUAACGGCAGUCGUCCUCAAUCACCAAUGGGACCUCCUGGCCGGCCUCAAGGACGUCCAAUGAGCCCAGGUCCUCGAGCACAGUCACCCGGUCCUCGUAAUGGACCCCCAAGUGGCAGACCCAUGAGUCCUGGACCUCGUUCUCAGUCACCUAGGCCUGCUGGUGGCCGUUCACAGAGCCCAAGCGGGAUGAACCGAAGAAAUAACCCCCCUGGACCCAGUCCCAUGAAUCCUUCUCAGGAGCCUCGCUCAGGGCCAUCUCCUUCGGGCUCUCUUAACAGGAAACCCGUACCUGGCCAGGCGUAUUGA